AUGGCGGCGAACUUUAUUUGCUCAUCGUACCCCACCGCGUUGUCCCAACGCGGUAAACGAGAUGAUUCUUGGCUUAAGGACGGUGUUAAUCUGCCUUGUCAAGAGUUAGCAGCAGAAGGAUUUGUAGUCGUAACUGUAUCUUACAGACUUCAUAUAUUAGCAUUUUUUAGUCUUAAAUCGAUUGCAGCACGAGGAAAUCUCUCCUUACUUGAUCAAUAUAUGGCUUUAAUUUGGGUCCGAGAAAACAUUGCCACCUUCGGAGGGGAUCCAAAUUCAAUCACACUAGCAGGACACUCUGCUGGUGCGGAUAGUGUUCUUUUUCACAUGGUAUCACCACGCUCAAUCGGUUUAUUUCACCGAGCUAUCAUUAUGUCACCACAAUACAUUUGGAAAGCCAUUGAGAAAGAUAAUGUCCUGGAAAAUAAUAAUCUCGAAAUAAUUUCAAGAAGUGUCGCAGAAUCAUUAGGGUGUUUGAGUGAGAGAGAAAGCGAAAUUCUUCAGUGUUUAAAAAUUAAAUCUUUAACGAGCCUACUGUCACAGUAUACGAACAAUUGGACAGAUCUUAUUCAUCCAAUACCGGACAAUUUUUUACCAGAAUCAGAACAGUUUUUACCAACUUCACUUUCAUCAGCCCUAGCUUGGUCAAAAUCACCGAGUAUUCCUAUUGAUGUUCUCUUAGGAACCACUGACUUGGAGUCUAUUCAUUAUGGUAAACCAGUAACACAGUAA